AAACAAUAUUGGCGGGGUUUAUAAGUUGCUCAUGAUCAGCUGAUUAUGUCGACUGACAACAAAAAUCAUAAUGAAGUGGAGGUUAUGGAAUAUACUACCGUGAAAGCCAGUUAUGAAUCACUUAACAAGCGGUACAGACGCAAUCACAGAGAUAUGGAAAAAGGCGUAGCAGCAAUAAAUAAAUCGCUUGAUGAGUUAGAAAGUGCAUUAGAUAUCUCUAAAGCAGCUGAAGCUAUUCAAAGAGUCCUAGAAACUAUUUGCGGUGUGAAGCGCAAGGCUGAAUACUUGUGUUUGGAAGAAAGGAAACUAUUGAAGUCGUGCAAACGGCGAAUCGAGCAUCUGAGUCAACUAUGCCUGCUCAACAGUGGGAUCCAUUGUAAGGUUUCAGAUGAGGUAACUGGGAGUACUGGAGGUGGUCAAAAAUCUGAGGAAUCUGUUUCAAAAAACGUUAACAAUGAGUCAGAAGUUACAACUAAACCUCGUUUGUCUCAUCCUUUCGAUGAAUCUUCAGUUAGUUUGGCCAGAUUUCAAAGGCACUUGACGGAUUAUCUUUUUACAAGCGGUCAACCCCAGUCUGCCUUAAAAUUUGCCCAAGAAAAACCAGAACUUGGUGAUCUGUGCAUGUUGGAGGUUUUUGACGAGGCUGUGUCUAUCGAAAAAGCACUUUUAGAAGGAGACACGGGUCCAGCAUUUGCUUGGUUACAAGAAGCCAACUUCAAGUUGAAAAAGAAUGACUCUUAUUAUGAAUUUGAUCUUCGUGUCUUCGAAUUCUAUCUGCUCGUUAAACAAGGGAAACGAAUCGAUGCCAUUCAACAUGCCAGAAAAUAUAUGAGUUCGAUAAAGCAAGAUGAUGAUUACCGCGCCAAUAAACUUGGUCAAGCAAUGAUUUUACUGGCAAUGCGUACACCCGAAGAGCUACAAAGUAAAGCGGAUCAAAACAAGUUAACUGAAAAGUGGAUAGUGAAAAGAACGCAUGAAGUACUUAUGGAGUUUUAUGCCUAUAGUGUCUACUCUCCAUUUCAACUAGCUGUUAACGCUGGAAUUACAGCAAUCAAAACCCACUAUUGUUACAAUCCAAGUACUCAACACAGGGAUUGUGCUGUUUGUCAUCCAUUGAUUAAUCAAUUGGCAGUGAAUUUACCUUUUGCCCGUCAUGAUCAUUCAAUACUGACAUGCUACAAAACUGGUCUUCCUAUGAAUGAUGACAAUCCUCCUAUGUCUUUACCGAACGGCUAUGUGUAUAGUCAAAAGGGUAUUGCUGAAUUAACUCAAUCAGAUGGAACAAUAACAUGUCCACGUUCAGGAAAAACUUUUGAAAGCUCUCAGGUUCAAAGAGUUUAUAUAGUCUAAUGAAUACUUGCACCUCUCUCUUUUAAUUUGAUUGUUUUCUUUUCAUUUUCAUCAUUUCUUAUAAUACGCUUUUUGACAGUAGCUGUAACUACUAAAAUGUGUACAAAAUAUCCUUAUGUUCAAGUUUAACCAUUGUUACUGAUUUGAACAAAAACAUAAUAUCGAUCCAAUUGUUAUAAUGUACUUAUUGUAUACAGCUACAGAAUAUAAUUUUCAAGUAACUAAGAU